UGGCUAUCCACUACUACUUCAACGACUCAGACACAGAGCCUAAAGGAUAGAAUAUUGAAUGCACCAAUCACAUACCCACCUCUUGUCAAUCAGGCAUUGAUCAAUGCCGUUGAGAAGAGACCAGAGGUGUGUGUUGGACUGUCUGGUGGUGUAGACUCUGCAAUCACAGCAUACAUGCUAAAGAAGAAAGGAUUCAAAGUGACCUGUGUCUUUAUCAAGAGUUGGGAUGAGAAAGAUGAACUUGGUUACUGCUCUGGCGAGAAGGACUUUGCCGAUGCCCAAGACAUUGCCAAACGUUUAGAUCUCCCAUUACAUCAUGCAGACUUUGUUAAAGAGUACUGGAAUAGAGUGUUCAAGUCAUUCUUGGAGGAGUAUAAUAAGGGUUAUACACCAAACCCUGAUGUGUUCUGUAAUAGAGAGAUCAAGUUUGAUGUGUUUUAUGACUAUGCCAGGAGCAUGGGCAUCGACAUGAUCGCAACUGGCCACUAUGCACGUCUAAACUACUUGGAUGGCCAACACACUGGCCAGGCACAACUAUUGCGAGGAGUCGAUCCAAGCAAGGAUCAAUCAUACUUCCUAUGCAUGACCGAGGGCUUCAAACUCAAUCGCUCGCUCUUCCCACUGGGCAACUGUUUAAAGUCCGACGCGGUGGCCUUAGCCAAUGAGUUGGGCUAUCAUAAUCUGACGACUAAACGAUCAAGUCGUGGCAUAUGCUUCAUUGGCAAACGACCCCUGGACGAAUUCCUUGGAGCAUACAUUGAUCUCAAGCCUGGAUUCUUUGUCGAUCACAAUGGAGACCGAAUCUCCAAGCACAAAGGUGCCAUUUGUUACACAAUUGGACAGAAAGCAAAUAUAUCAUCUCUUGGCGAAAGGUACUUCAUCUACAAGGUGGACCCGGUCAAGAACCAAGUCCAUGUUUGUCCAGAAUCAAGAUUGAACGUAUAUUUAUAUUCAAACACUGUUAAGAUACAUAGAGUCAACUGGAUCACAGGAGUUCCACCUCAACUAUUGACUGAGGGCGGAAGAAUGAGAAUAAGAUGCCAGGUUAGAUAUAGAGCGGAUAUGAUUGGAGCAGAGAUUAUAACACAAGCUGGAGUGGAUGGUGAUGGACCAGUUUAUACUGUCAAAUUGGACCAACCAGAGAGAGGUGUAGCACCAGGUCAGAUAUUAUGCAUGUUUAAGGAGAAUAGUGAGGUGUGUCUGGGUGGAGGUGCCGUAGGACUGGUCGUCACUACCACCGACGUCCUAGGACCACUGGCCCACACAACCGACUCAUUCCCAACACAGCCACCUGAACGCCACAACAACCACAACAACCAUUACAAUAACAACAACAACAGCAGGCAUCAUAGACAGGGAUUUCAAAAGGAGGAGCGA